AUGUCUAAUCAACAAAAUGACAAUGUCCAGUUGGACGAUGAUGCUCAAGAAACACAACAACCAAAACAACGUUCGAGAAAUUUUUAUCGAAAACGACCUGGUAGUGAACGACAAAAUCAAGAUUUAGGAGAAGAUGAAAAUCAUGCUUUAAAUGAUGAUGAUACCCAACGAUCGAAUCAUUCCGAUGAUAAUGAUGAUCACGUGAAUAAUACACGAGGUCGUGGUGGUCGACGAGGAGGUUUUCGACGUUUUCGUGGUCGAGGACGUUUUUCCCGUGGUAUACCAUUCUAUGGUGAUUUUCGUCGAGCUUAUGCACCUUAUACAAAUUAUAUGAAUGAACAUGGAGGAAUUUUUGUCCCUGCUGGCGAAUUUUAUGGUCCAUCAUAUCUUGGUGGUGGUGAUCUACCUGAACAAGAAGGUCUUAUUGACUAUUCAAUACGUGGUAAUCGAGGUUUUCGUGGUGGUCGAGGACGUGGUAGACGAAGAGGUCAAAUAACAAAGAAUGAAACUACUGAUAAUAAUAAUAUUAAUAAUAAUCAUGAUAACAAUGUUACUACUAAUAAUAAUGAUCAACAACAAGGAGAAAAUACAAAUGUAACUAAACGUCGUAAUUCAAAACGUUAUCAACGUAAACAACAACGAAAAAAUACUGAAACUGGUACAGGUACCGAACAACCAACUGAUGAUGUUGUAACAGAUGAUCAACAUCAAGAUGAAAAUAAUCAAGGUGCAACACGUCAAACACGAAGAAAAUCUAAUCGACAACAACGUCGUCGUAAUACAAAUGCAAGUCAAAAUGGAGCUGAAACAGAUGAUCGUACAAAAUCUGCACCAAUAAAAAAACCUAAAGAUGAUGAAACAAUAGUGAAAAAUGUUGUACGUUAUAUGGUUAAUAAAGUUUGUCGUCGUUUAGCACCAAGAUAUCGACGACGAAGUCGUGCAUAUACAAAAGAAACUAUUACUAAUAAUAAUAAUAUUAAUAAAAAUACUGAUGUUGAAAAACCACAAAUAAAUAAUGCUCAACGUGGACGACAUAGUGGUCGUCGACGAGGAAACGGUUAUUUCAUAGAACAAGGCUAUUAUGAUCCAUAUGGUAUGACACCGUAUUAUUAUGGAAUGUAUUAUGGUUAUUCUGGUCGAGGAUAUACUGGUCGUGGUCGCGGCCGUGGUGGACGUGGUCGUGGUCGUUUUCGACAACGUAGAGGAACUAAUAAAGAGAAUCAACCUCAAAAUAAUAGUGAACAAGGAAAAACUGAAGAAUCAAAUCCAACUAAUGAUAAUUCUCAAAGUAAAACAACAAUAAGUGAAGUAAUCAAUCAAUCAUUAAACAAUGCUGAUUCAAAUCAAUGA